AUGUCCUUGCUCGCCUUGCCGAACGAGCUGCUCUGCCACAUCUCGGAGGAUCUACAUGAGGAACAUGACGUGUACUCAUUCGCCCGCGUCAACAAGCAGAUGUACAACCUGACGAUAGCACAGCUAUACCAAGUUAACGCCAAGCACUCAAGCAGUUCGGCCUUGCGCUGGGCUGCUACCCAGGGCCAGACUAGGACCGCUGAAAAGGCGCUGAAAGCUAGAUGGCAUGGCUCUGAGUCAGCGAGCCUUUCGGAAUAUGACGACGCCCAAUCGACGCCCAGCAUCGAAGCAGCGCUGGUGUUCGCAGCAGAAAACAAUCACGACGCCAUGGUCAGACUGCUCAUCGAGAACGGUGCCCGUCCGUAUUGGGGGGAUCGAGGUCGGAGGCGCAACGCGAUGGAAGUCGCUUGUGAGCAAGGCCACACGGAUAUUGUGAGGCUGUUGCUUGAGCUGGGUGCCAACGCCAGGGCGGGAAUUGCGACAAAACCGUUUUCGAUCCAACUGGCUGCAAUGAACGGCCACGCGGAAAUUGUGCGGAUGCUCAUCGACGCAGGCGAGGACCCAGACAGAUGCAGCGGUAGACCAUCGGGUGGCUCGUACACGGCGCUGCAGGCUGCUGUGUUGAUCGACAACGAACAGAUGGUGAAGAUGCUCCUUGCGAAAGGAGCCCAGAUUGAUAGUCGUAGUGCAAAGGGUGUCACGCCGCUCGAACUUGCCGUCAUAAAGCAGCGGUUGGGAAUUGCAAGGCUGUUGCUUGGUGCGGGUGCUGAAGUUCCUAGAGAUUCCCAAUCACCUGCACUCAAGCUCGCUGCACAACCAGGCCGAGAGCAGUUCUUGAUGCUGCUGCUGGAGAAUCAGGCAGUGGGUUCGGCUAGCAAAGCCGGGCGGAGAUAUCUGACAAGAUCGAGAAUACGUAGUUGCCAGAACAAGACUUGA